UGUGUCUUGGGCCAUAAAGUAAGUUUCGGGAUCCGUCUAACUCCAGACCCUUCUAAAGCUUAAUUCAUCCUCUGAAUAUCUUGUGUGGUACAGCAGAACCUCUUGCCAAAAUGAGCCAGUCAGCUAAGGAAAAAGUAAUCGUCAAGGACUUCUUUGCGAAAGUCUCCAGCAGGUCGGACGAGAUCGGCGCCGAGGCUCUCGCCAGGUUGAUCGUGGUGUACCCCCAGACCAAGUCUUACUUCGCCCACUGGAAGGACCUGAGCCCCAACGGCGCUCCGGCUAAGAAGCAAGGCAGUACCAUCAUGGGUGGCUUGUACGAGGCCGUGAGCAAGAUCGAUGACCUGGCCGGUGGUCUUCUGACCCUGAGCGAGCUGCACGCCUUCGUGCUUAAAGUUGACCCUUACAUCGAAAUGUAGUAAUUCUAGUCCUUAUUAUGUUUACUUUUGAAUAAUCUUAUAAUUAGGUUGGUAAAAAUACCAUAUACAGUGCCUUGCGAAAGUAUUCGGCCCCCUUGAACUUUGCGACCUUUUGCCACAUUUCAAACAUAAAGAUAUAAAACUGUAUUUUUUUUGUGAAGAAUCAACA